CAGUUCUAAUCUUCGGUCGAGGGAACGAAACAACCAAAAAAAAUGGUAAAUGGUAACAUGUCCAAUGUAUGUUGAUUUAAGUAUGAAUGAUAUGAAAAUUGACUAUUACAUCAUUUCAACUGUACUUAUAUAUUUAUUUAAUGUCUGUCAUCAUUCAUAUAUAGUUGAGUUAAUUUCAUCUUAUCAGAGAUAUGUGAAAUGAUUCAUAUUCAGAAAUUUCGAGUGGAAGAAGGACACAACUCAUCCGAACUCCACAGACACUCCUCCCUCCUAAGUAGAUAUAGUUGUGAUUGCAAUCAUGAUGGUCUAAAUCUUUUGCUAAGAAGUUUACCAAAAUUGUAUAAUAGACGUGGUAGGGAUAUCUUAAGUUAUUUCCUUUGGCAAUUAUGAGUUAUAUGGUUUGUGUUGCUCUCUUGUAAGUUUUAACUAACAAUAACAAUAACUGGGACUGGUAAGUAACCCUGUUGUCAGUUGUCACAUUCUCAAACAAACCAAAAAUAUUGAGUUUUGUUGCCCACUAAGAAGAUAUUUUUAUUUUGGUGUCAAAGUCAAACAAUAAAUAUAUAAUUGAAGUUGGAGUCUUUGUUGGUUUCCAUGGAGGAUGGGUUGGAGCAUAGUUGGUGGGCCAACAUGCCUCACGAGCUUCUCAGAGAGGUCCUCCGAAGAAUUGAGUCGUCGGAGGCUACGUGGCCGUCACGUAGGACCGUCGUGGCUUGUGCCGGAGUGUGCCGCGCGUGGAGGCUCGUCGUCAUGGAGAUAGUCAACCCACCUCAACUCUCUUCCAACAUAACCUUCCCCAUCUCUCUCAAACAGCCUGGUCCAAGGGAGCAUCUACUUCAGUGCUUCAUUAGGCGUAACAGUGGCUCCGCCUCCCAGACAUAUUAUCUGUUUCUCAGUUUAUCUAGUGCAUUAGCUGAUGAUGGAAAGUUCCUUCUGGCUGCACGCAAGUUCAGACGCCCUACCUGCACCGAUUACAUUAUCUCCCUAGAUGCAGAUAUGUCUAGGGAAAAUAAUGCCUAUGUUGGGAAAUUGAGAUCGAAUUUUUUGGGAACUAAGUUCACAAUCUACGAUAGCCAGCUGCCUCGUGCAGUGGCAAAGAUCACAAAAGGUUGCCCCACUAAGCUGGUGAGUCACAAAAUGGUUUUACCCAGGGUCCAUAUAGGCAACUAUCCAGUUGCUCACAUCUCAUAUGAAUUGAACGCAAUAGGCUCCAGGGGGCCAAGGAGAAUGCAUUGUGUCAUGGAUACCAUUCCUGCUUCUGCUAUUGAACCAGGAGGGGUAGCCCCUUCCCAGACCGAAUUUUCUGUUAGUAACAUAGAUACUUCAUUCCCUUCUUUUCAGACAAACUCAAUUCGUCUUGAAAACUCCGUAUCUGAACACCAGAGUAAUAAAAAGGAUGAUGUGCUAGUGUUGAGAAACAAGCCUGCUAGGUGGCACGAGCAGUUGCAGUGUUGGUGCUUGAACUUUCAUGGCAGAGUGACGGUAGCUUCGGUUAAAAACUUUCAGCUGGCUGCUUUUCCAGAAAACGGACAUGCUGGACCACAAGAGGAUGAGGUCAUCCUCCAAUUUGGAAAAGUUGGGAAGGACUUGUUUACAAUGGAUUACCGGUACCCUAUCUCAGCAUUUCAGGCAUUUGCAAUCUGCCUCAGCAGCUUUGCAACCACUGUUGCUUGCGAAUGAUGCAAGUUUGAAUUAACUUUAGACAGGUUUGUUGAUUGUUAACUGACACGAUCGAUUCUUUGUUCGUGCCAGCUUUCAUUCAGGCGUAUAGGGGGUUCUGUUACAAGAAUGAUUGUUAACUGUCAUCAUUGGAAAUUUGGAUAGUCAUGAAUCAUGAUGAUCUGAAUUACAAGGACGGUGCUGCAAAUAGGGGGGGUUCUGUUUGUUUAUAUGGCAUCAGUUUUUACUUCUGGGAAGAUCACAAGAAAUUGAAAUGCCACCUGCAACUUCUAUUAUAUCUCCUCCUGUUUGUAUCUAGCUCCCUGUUGUGUGCGUAUACUUUUUAUUCUUCCGUAGUUUUGCCUUUCAUUUGUAUCUAGAUUCCCAUAUACAACAGUUGUUACAUGCACGCCUACAAGUGCAAAAGACAUGCCUUCUCCUGGAAUUGACGAGGUCACGUUAUCAAUAA